UCUUACAACGCACAAUCAGCAGAUCCACGCUCGUCCACCGCAAUACCUCCAUGCUGCCCUCAUGACAUGAUGUCGGGAAUGUUUCGCUGAGAAUCACAUUCGUGGUCGCUCUGGUUCUAUCUUGUGAACCACCAACCACCUGCUUUCGAGCUGUAGUACUUACUACCACUCGUCGAGCAUGCCACCUCUCAGCUCGCAGGAAUACGUCUGCGACCCGCGCCCCGACUACCCGCUGCUCAUCGCCGCGAAGCGCUAUACAGUACCGGGAUAUACAAGCGAGGAUUCGGACGCCCUCACACUGGUCCUGACGCACGGAACAGGGUACCACAAGGAGCAGUGGGAGCCUACCCUCGAGCACCUGUUUGAAAACAUCGCUCGGGCGGGGGACGCCAGUUCAGUCAAGAUACGCGACGUCUGGGCGAUCGACUGCCCGAAUCAUGGCGACUCGGCCAUCCUGAAUGAGCGCACGCUCCUGUGGGGAUACGACAACUUCAAUUGGGAGGAGUACGCGCGCGCGGUACACAUCUUCCUCAGUGGCCUCGGACGCGGAGUGGACGUCGACUUUAGCAAGUGCAGACUCGUCGGAAUCGGUCAUUCGAUGGGCUGCGUAGCUCUGAUCUCCUCGACCGCAUUCUCGCCUAAAGUCAGCUUCGACUCGUUCAUCUUCGCAGAACCGAUGUGCUUCCCCAAGGACUCGAUGCUGCCAAGCUUCUCGACAUACCUCACCACCGGCGCCGAGAAGCGCCGCGAUAUCUUCGCGUCGCGCGGGGAGGCCCUCGCCUGGCUGCAGUCGCGCGCCGGCUUUAAGGUCUGGGACCCCCGCGUGCUCCGCGCCUUCGUGAACCACGGCCUGCGAGAGUUGCCGACCGCGGAGUACCCGGACAAGACCUCGGGCGUGACCUUGAAGUGCACGAGAGCUCAGGAAGCGGCGUGCUAUCGCGACCACUACAACACCGGGCGUGUCCGCGCGUACAACUACCUCCCGACGCUCUGCGCAUCCCGGCCCGUGCACGUUCUCUACGGCGCCAUCGAUGACUACAUCCCAGGCCAGGUCAAGGACAGGCUGCUCGCAGAGGGCAUGCACAAUAGGCAGGCAUCGGCGAGACGUGUGCCUGGCUCGGGCCAUCUCAUCGUGCAGACGCAGCCCCGGGCUCUCGCAGAUGCGAUCUGGGCGGUCUUGGCCAGGGAACCGGUUCCGGCAUGGGAGAAGACGAAGUUGUAGACGCACUAAGCAUUUCGGACCAGUCUCGAUGCAUGUUGUAUACUCAGCCA